AGUAAAGAGAGCUUGUCAACUGCGGCAGAGUGCGUCAAGGUAGCUAAAGAGCACUGCAAGCAGCUUAGUGAGAUUGGACUGGAUCUCACCUUCGUCAUUCACGCCCUUUUGGUAAAGGAUAUCAAAGGUGCUUUACAGAGCUACAAGGAUAUCAUCAUCGAGGCCACCAAGCACCGCAACUCUGAGGAGAUGUGGAGAAGGAUGAACCUAAUGACUCCAGAGGCCCUGGGGAAACUCAGGGAGGAGAUGAGGAGCUGUGGGGUAGGCAAUUUUGACCAAUACACGGGUGAUGACUGCUGGGUCAACCUUAGCUAUACUGUAGUCGCUUUCACUAAGCAGACUAUGGCCUUCUUGGAGGAAGCGUUGAAGCUUUACUUUCCAGAGCUGCACAUGGUUCUUUUGGAGAGUCUCGUGGAAAUCAUCCUGGUGGCUGUCCAGCAUGUUGAUUACAGUUUACGGUGUGAGCAGGACCCUGAGAAGAAAGCAUUCAUUAGGCAGAAUGCAUCCUUCCUGUAUGAAACUGUCCUUCCUGUUGUGGAAAAAAGAUUCGAGGAAGGAGUUGGAAAGCCAGCCAAGCAGCUCCAGGAUCUGAGAAAUGCUUCAAGAUUGAUGCGUGUAAAUCCAGAAAGCACCACCUCUGUGGUGUGAAGUGACCUAGCUGUUCUGAGGAACAGAGUGUGAAAGCACUUACUGAAAAUGUUGUACAUUGAAUAUAUGAUUUUUUUUUUUUUUGAGUUCCUGAAAAAUGCAGAAGUCUCACUGCUGCAUUCCAGAAGCUGAAGACUUCCAGUCAAAGCCUGCAAGGAUGCAGUGCUUUUCUUGGUGGAUGGGGGUUAGGGGAGCGAGAAGUAAGGUCGAGGUCACAUGUCCUUGGACAGCGUAUACCGUAAGAAUGGCUUGUGUAGUGUUUGUGGCUUGGGAAAUACUAUAAAUAUACAAUUUUUGGCCAAAUGUUUGUGAAAUCUUAAAUAUACGUACACCAUAGGGCAGGAAAAGA